AUGCCACCCAAACCAGUCCCAUUCCCAGGCUUCACCGCACUAUCAGAUCGAAUCUACCUUCGCAAUGGCAACGAAACCACCGACCCCCCACCCCCAACCCACCCAACAACAAUCAUAAUCUUCGGCUGGGGCGACGGCAUGCCCAAACACGUCUCCAAAUACGCCGACGGCUUCCACGACCUCUACCCCUCCACCCGCAUCCUAGUCGCAAUCUCCAAAACCCUACACGCCUCAAACCAACCCCUCCCCGACCGCGUCGCAGCAAUGAUGCCCAUAAUCGACACCGUCUUCCCCACACCAACCGGUGACGGCGGCACCCAGGACGAACGCGUCCUGUUACACGCCAUGUCCAACACGGGCGGGAUCUUCGUCGCCGCAGCAAUGGUCGCGUAUCAACAGCGCCACGGCAAAGACAAAACCAUGCCGCACGAGCUCCUAGUCUGCGACUCCACGCCCGGCGGCCUCGUUUUCUCCGCGCAGGUGGGCCGGUGGUCUCGCGCGAUGGCGGUAGGCACGGCGAAGUUCUUCCCGUGGCCGUUUAUCGUGACGCAAGCGUUGUGGUGGAUGUUUUUGUGGGGGAAUUAUCUGCUCGAGAAGAUGCGGGGGUCGGAGCCGUCGGGCGUGUGGGCGAAUAGGGUUAUGAAUGAGGAGGAUGUGACGAGUCGGGCGGCUAGUAGGUUGUAUUUGUAUUCGAAGGAGGAUGAGAUUAUUGGGUUUGAGGAUUUGGAGGAGAAUGUGGCUGGUGUGAAGAUGUUGGGGUAUCGGGCUGUGGAUUUGGAGUUGUUUGAGGGCUCGCCGCAUGUUGGACAUAUGCGCUUGCAUCCGGAGCAGUAUUGGAAUCGGAUUUCGGGGUGUUGGAACGCUGCGGUGGCUGCGGAAUGA